AUGCAGAUUAUCGAUCAUAGAUAUGAUGCGCUUGUCGUUGGCGCAGGGGGAGCAGGUCUUAUGGCUGCCGUUGGCCUUGCGGAAAGUGGGUUGGAGACAGCGUGUAUAUCGAAAUUGUUUCCAACAAGGUCUCACACAGUAGCUGCUCAGGGGGGUAUCAAUGCUGCUCUUGGAAAUAUGACAGAGGACGACUGGAGAUGGCAUAUGUAUGACACAGUUAAGGGUUCGGAUUGGCUAGGGGACCAGGACGCAAUUCAUUACAUGUGUAAGGAAGCACCUAAAACCAUUGUUGAAUUGGAAGGAUACGGAAUGCCAUUUUCCCGCACUGCAGAGGGCAAGAUUUAUCAGCGACCGAUUGGAGGACAAUCCUUGAAUUACGGCACAGGCGGCCAGGCCUAUCGGACAGCAUGCGCAGCGGAUCGCACAGGCCAUGCAAUGCUCCAUACUUUAUACGGACAGGCCUUGAAGCAUAAUUGCAACUUUCUAAUCGAGUUUUUCGCCUUGGACCUUAUGAUGGUGGACGGUCGGUGUGUUGGUGUAACCGCACUUGACAUGGAAACUGGAACGCUGCACCGUCUAUUCAGCAGGAACACGAUUCUUGCCACUGGCGGGUACGGACGCGCCUAUUUCUCCUGUACUUCUGCACAUACCAGCACGGGCGACGGAUGUGCGAUGGCAUCCAGAGCAGGUCUUCCCCUCCAGGACAUGGAAUUUGUUCAGUUCCAUCCAAGCGGAAUAUAUGGUGCAGGUGUCCUGAUUACAGAGGGUGCACGCGGAGAAGGAGGCUAUUUACUCAACUCCGAAGGCGAGAGAUUUAUGGAACGAUAUGCCCCAACCGCCAAGGACCUUGCAAGCAGAGACGUUGUGGCACGAUCCAUGAACAUAGAGAUUAGAGAUGGGAGAGGUGUUGGUCCAAAUAAGGAUCAUAUUUACCUGCAGCUCUCACAUCUGCCUAAGGACCUGAUUCUGGAGCGCCUCCCUGGAAUUGCAGAGACGGCCUCGAUAUUUGCGGGUAUUGAUAUAACUCGACAACCUAUUCCAGUACUCCCUACAGUCCAUUAUUGCAUGGGUGGUAUUCCUACCAACUACAAGGGCCAAGUUAUAGAUAUGGACCUUGCAACCGGAAGGGAAACCCCCGUCUCCGGGCUUUACUCGGCCGGAGAAGCCGCAUGCGUAAGUGUUCACGGCGCGAAUAGACUGGGCGCCAACUCCCUUCUCGACAUUGCCGUAUUUGGCCAUGCGUGUGCCUCUCACAUUGCUGGAAAUAACGAGAAAGGAAUGUCGCACGGUUCAAUUCCGGCAGAUAUCGGCAUGUCAUCUUUCGAGGAUAUGGAGCGAAUCCGUACUUCGGAUGGAAGCAAACUUACCGCCGAACUACGCAUGGAUAUGCAAAGAGCUAUGCAAUCUGAUGUCGCUGUGUUCCGAACAGCAGAAUCCCUCGCCUCCGGCGUCUCUAGAGUCCAGCAGGUUGAACAGUCAUUCAAAAACGAUGUUUGUGUUAAAGAUAAAUCGUUGAUUUGGAACUCUGACUUGAUCGAGACAUUGGAAAUGAGGAAUUUGCUCACGUGUGCUGCGCAGACGGCGAAAAGCGCCUUGGAUAGGAAGGAGAGCCGAGGUAGCCAUGCCCGAGAGGACUUCUCUGAUCGAGAUGAUGCCCAAUUCAUGAAACAUAGCCUGUCGUGGCAGAUCGAAGAGACAGAACCAGUGAAGGUGGGCUAUCGGGAUGUUAUUUUCGCAACGUUGGAUGAGAACGAGUGUCCUAGCGUAGCACCGAAGAAAAGAGUAUAUUAA